AUGGGAUUGCAGAGAGGAAUGCCGUUGGCGCAACUCGGCGAGCCGUUCGGCAUCACGCCCGCCGCCAUCGAAAACGUGUCGCCGGGCAUCGAUCAGUGCAAGGACGGACGGCACGCGGAUGUACGUUUUCUUUUUAAGACCUUUUUUGAAGUGAACGUCUCGUUGCAGAGAGAAAAAGCCAACGAGAUUAGGUAAAUAGUAGAUUAUUGGCGAUUGGUUCAAAUUUGGAAAGACUCCGAAAUAGAAACUUUGUUGCUCGCGCGCAGCUGUGUCGCAGCCUCCUAUUUCUGAUCCGACUAAUCGGACGGGAACAAUCAAAGUUUGCUCUGGAAAAGUUUGUGUUUGCUCACAUGCUCGUGAAUCCUCCGUAUUUGCCCCCGGAUCCACCACCCAAUUUUGGGCCAUUCACUUUUGCCAAUUUCCCCUCCUUUCCGACAUGACUUUUGACUUUGAACUCCCAUUCCGCAACUUUUUGGAGGCGAAAAAGAUUACGGUAGGCUUCGUUUUUCGCUGGUAAAAAUAACACGGAACACUGCGCGAAAACUGGUUCAUUUCCCGAUUUGGACGGAAAUGUGUAGAGUAAAUAGGCGAUUAUAGUUUUGGACAUUUUCCGGCUAUUGUAGGAUUCUGUCGGAGAAAUGCAUCCGAAAAUUGCGUUUCUCGACGUGAUUUCUAGCAAUUUGAGCUAUUUAUUGAUGAAUCCGGCGGCUCUUUGUCAAAUGGUUUGUUUCUGGCGAGAACGCAUUGAAAAAUGUGCUUGUUGAUGUCCAUUAUUACAUGAAACUGGAAAGAAUGAAUAACUUUUACAGUUUCACAAUUUUUUGUCCGAUAAUUUGCCAUAAAAUGGGGAAUUGUUUCACCAAUGCGUGAACAGUAUUCGAUUGAAAAUUUUGAAAAGAAAAUCCUCGAAAUUUCCCCCCGAAAAGUUUCACACAACACGCACGCUCUUUCUUGAUAUUUUUCAGUGAAAUAAAGUGCGUGAGAAUAGCAUUCUGAACUGCUAGGAAGACGUGUCGUUUGUGAAAACUUUGAAAAAACAGGUGCAUUGUAGCGUGUGUUUGUGUGUGUGUGUGUUUGUGAUGUGGUGGUUGCAGGUGUCGAUGCGAUCGGAGGCGGACUGCUCGAGCGACGCGACCAACACCUUCCACAGUUCGAUCCACGUACUCUCGAAUGUGGUGCCGAAUUACGGACAAAAGGUAUCCCCCUCUUUUUUGUAGUCGAAUUUUUGUGAUUUUGUUUUUUUUUAUUCGGUUGCCUCGCUUUUUUUGUUUGCACGAUUUUGGAACGUUGAAACGAGAAAAGUCGAGGAAAAGAUCAAUGAUUGCUCAUUUUCUGAGCUCUGCCGAGGGCUCCGAAGCUCUCGAAAAGAUGACACCUGCCGCUCUUCGGUCCCUUUUCUCUCUUUCUCUCUCACUGUCUUUCCCGGAUAUCUCCUGACUUUUUCUCUCAUUUUACUCGAAAGUUUCGCCGUUUUUUUUUUGCUCAAAUGUCAUCGUCGGCGGCGGCGGUGGCGGCGACGAAAAGUAGAAGCAAACGGAGAAGAGGAAGCUCCUUUUGACCCCCCCCCCCUUUCCCCCGUAAUUUUCACUGAAAUUUGUGUCGGAAAAGCCGCUUUUUUUGAAUGCAACUUUUAAUUUUGACGGGUCUCGACACGAAUUCCGAGUCGGCGCCGGAGACUGAAAAUGGAGAGGAGGAGGUUGGUUUUUUCAGGGAGAGAAGCACAUUUUGUGUAGCCGAAAAAGUCAUCAAUCACUUUUUUCGCCUCUUUUUUUUAGUCACUCGAAAAGUUCCCAUGGAAACCCAUUCCUUUUUUCAGCGGGAUUUUUUGGUAACAUUGUGUUUUUUUUUCCGGGAAAAUUGGUAGAAAAAGUGGACCUUUUUCUGCGGUGCAAAAAUCAGCACGAAAUUGUGUUGCAGGCGGACGCGGCCACCGAGACAGAAAUCGACAUUGGCGACGUGCGAAAAUGCGGAGAAAAGGCGGAUCCGCGGCAGUUUGAGCUGCUCAAAGUGCUCGGACAGGGCUCUUUCGGCAAGGUUCGUUUUUCGCUUCUCACAACUUUUUUCUGAAUGUUUUCAGUUUUCUGCGUGAAACCGAAAAGUUUUCCGUUUUGCAGGUAUUUCUGGUGCGAAAAGUGCGUGGGCGUGACUCUGGCCACGUGUACGCGAUGAAAGUGCUGAAAAAGGCGACGUUGAAGGUGCGCGAUCGGCAGAGAACGAAACUGGAGCGCAACAUUCUCGCGCACAUUUCGCAUCCGUUCAUCGUCAAACUGCACUAUGGUUCGUUGAGACUUUGCCUUAUUGGCCGCUGGCUGAAUUGGCGUUUUUUUCCCACGAAGAAGAACACACGUUUUCUGUUUCUAAAAUUGGACAUUUUGCAAAGAGUGUUCACAAUAAACUUUGUUUCAGCAUUCCAAACAGAGGGAAAACUCUAUCUGAUUCUCGAUUUCCUUCGCGGCGGCGACCUGUUCACGCGUCUCUCGAAAGAGGUCAUGUUCACGGAGGACGACGUGAAAUUCUAUCUCGCCGAGCUCACGCUGGCCCUCGAGCACCUCCACUCGCUCGGCAUCGUCUACCGGGAUUUGAAGCCGGAAAAGUUGGUGUUCAAAUCAUUUUGCUUGUGAGAAAAAUGCAAUUUUUUGCAGUAUUCUGCUGGACGCCGACGGUCACAUCAAAGUGACGGACUUUGGACUGAGCAAAGAGGCGAUCGACAGCGAAAAGAAGACGUACUCGUUCUGCGGGACCGUCGAGUACAUGGCGCCGGAGGUGAUCAACCGGCGCGGCCACUCGAUGGCCGCCGAUUUCUGGUCCCUCGGAGUGCUCAUGGUAUUUGCAGUGUCUUUUACUCAUACACUUUUAGCUCUGUUUUUGAAAACAACAAUUUGCAGUUCGAAAUGCUCACCGGACACUUGCCGUUCCAGGGCAGAGACCGCAACGAUACGAUGAAUCAGAUUCUCAAGUGAGCUUUUUUGUGAUGCUAAAAUUUGGAACAAAUUCAGUUUCAAAAAAUUGAUUUUCGGAGAUCUAUUUCAGUAAACAAUUUGGUUAGCAUUACCAUACACCUAAAAAUCCCCCGUUUUAAAUAAUAUUCUCAUCCGUUUCAGAGCCAAACUCUCGAUGCCGCAUUUUCUGACGCAAGAGGCUCAGUCGCUGCUGCGUGCUCUUUUCAAGCGAAACUCGCAGAAUCGGCUGGGCGCGGGGCCUGAAGGCGUCGAGGAGAUUAAAAGACACGCGUUCUUCUCUAAAAUCGACUUUGUGAAAUUGCUGAACAAGGAGAUCGAUCCGCCGUUCAAACCGGCUCUCUCCACAGUCGACAGCACCUCCUACUUUGAUCCGGAGUUCACGAAACGCACGCCCAAAGGUUCAUUCGGGAGAAAUUAUGGUUCUUUUCGUAUUUUGAAACUGUGAAAAAAAAGAACAUUGAGAUGAAAACUUAAGGGGUUAUUCAGGCUGUGAAAAAAAUGAUUGUUUUCUGUUUUUUUUUUCGUUUUUUUACGUCAAAAAAUCCAAUUCAGCGAUGUAAAAUAAACGAAAAAAAAAGGAAAACAAACAUACGCUUACAAUUUUCUAUGAGUGCCUACUUUCACAUUUUCAGACUCGCCGGCGCUUCCGGCCUCCGCAAACGGACACGAGAUCUUCCGUGGUUUUUCGUUCGUCUCGAACGCGGUGAUGGAGGAGCGGAAGAAGAUCGAGAAGCCGAUCCGAUCGGUGCCCACCGCCAAGACGCAUCCGUUCACCGACGAUUACGAGAUUCUCGAGGUAGUGCACUAUCUCGUAUUUUCAACAAAAUUCUUCUGUUUCAACGAAAUUUAGUCUAUCUGGUGAAACAGACACGUUGAUAAAGGAAGCAAUUGGGCGAUUUAAUCUAGAAUCCUCGGAAAAAUGCGAAUUUUGCAGCUGAUCGGAAACGGCGCACACUCGGUGGUGCACAAGUGUCAAAUGAAGGCGACGCGCCGAAAGUACGCCGUCAAAAUUGUGAAAAAGGCGGUAUUCGACGCGACGGAAGAGGUGGACAUCCUGCUGAGACACUCGCACCACCAGUUCAUCGUCGCGCUUUUCGACGUGUACGAGGACGAGACGGCCAUUUAUAUGGUCGAGGAGCUGUGCGAGGGCGGAGAGCUUCUCGACAGGUAUUCCUCGAGACGAGUUCCCUCAUUUUGAGCCUAAACUGGAGUUUUUUGCAUUUUUUAAAGAGAAUCUAAGCAUUUAUGACAUUUGUUAAACACACUUCUUUUCGACAUUUCGAAAAUUUUCUGUUUCAUGAAAAAAAUUGAAUUUAAUUUGUGUUUUUUACGUAACUCAUUUGACAAUUAUUAUUAUUCCAACAAAAGGUGUUACAGACUGAUGAACAAGAAGGCGCUGGGCAGCGAGAAGGAGGUCGCUUCGAUCAUGGCGAAUCUGCUGUACGCGGUGCAGUACUUGCACGCGCAGCAGGUCGCGCACCGGGAUCUGACGGCCGCCAACAUCCUUUUCGCCUCGAAGGACGGCGAUCCGAACUCGCUGCGCAUCGUGGACUUUGGAUUCGCGAAACAGUCGCGCGCGGAGAACGGAAUGCUCAUGACGCCCUGCUACACCGCUCAGUUUGUACGUUUCUCUUUUGUCUUGUUAAAAACUUAGGGAGGAAUGUUUUUUUCCGGUCAAAACUCACUUUGAACAAGUCUUUCGGUAACAGUAAAAGAAAGUUGUAAAAUUUCAAACAACACUUGUUUUUCAGGUGGCACCGGAAGUGCUGCGCAAGCAAGGAUACGACCGUUCAUGCGACGUGUGGUCGCUGGGAGUGCUGCUGCACACGAUGCUCACCGGCUUCACGCCCUUCGCGAUGGGCCCCAACGACACGCCCGAUCAGAUCCUGCAGCGCGUCGGCGACGGAAAGAUCUCGAUGACGCACGCGGUGUGGGACGGCAUUUCGGAGGAGGCGAAGGACCUGGUGCGGCGGAUGCUCGACGUGGAUCCGAACCGGAGGGUCUCCGCGAAGGGAGCACUCGCGCACAAAUGGAUCGGACAGAAGGAGGCGCUUCCCGACAGGCCCAUCAAGGAGUUGGAGCGGCAGAUGGACAUGCAUAAUGUCAAGGUAUUCGGAGAAGGCAUUCAGGCUCAAGCUAAUUGAUAGAUGAUAGUUUGAAAAACCGAAGAACACCCCGAAUCAUUCAAACUUUCUGACCAUUCAAACAAAAGAUUUUUCUGAAACGGUUAAAAAAAGUGUUCGUCUUGAUGAUUGUUUUACAAAACCUUUACUUGCACAAUUUGUGAUGACAUCAGGGAAAAAGUUGCAGGUGGCGCUGGAGCAGACGUACAAGGCGAUCGCGUCGGCGCCGAGUGUUCAACUGCGUCCGGUCGGAUCGUCGGCGCUCGCGAAGCGGAGGAUGAAGGACAUUUUGUAUCCGACGAGCCGACAGAAGAAUGUCACCGCCAACGCGUGGUUGGUUUUUACUCGACUGCUCUGAAAUGUUUAUUUGCCUUUUUGCGAAAAAUCCUGAAAAUGUCUGAAUGUGGUGCUUGUGAUUGGUCUUCUUUCGACCCUCUCUCUCUCUCUGACCGUUUCCACCACUUCUUGCAGCAAUCCAUCAGCAAAAUCAAAAAACAAGCAAAAGGCGAAAAAUGAGCAUUUUGCGCAGCAUUAAGGUAAUAAAAAUAUAGAUGAUACCAGUUUUGUGAAAAAACUUAUACCAGUUUUGUGAAACUGUAAACAUUUGUAAUAUUCAGGGCUGGGCAAAAGGCCGGCCCAGGCUUUUUGAAGGCUUGCCAAGGCCUGGACCCACCCCUUUUUGCAAUGAUCCGAUCGGGUCCAGACUUUGCAGGCUUCUUGAAGUUGGCCGGUCCCGAGAUAUGUGGAUCAGAGGCCGGCCUCUUUGGCCGGAAAUCAGUAUAUCUCGGGACCAGAUGAUCCGCUCGGUCUGAAGCUCGGUCCAAGAAGCUUGCAGAGUUUGGGUACGAUCGUACGAUUGCAAGUGGGUCAAAAGCCUGGGCCGGCCUUUUGCCGAACCCUGGUAAUAUUAAACUCUAGCAUUUUCUUUCUAAUGCUCGAAAAGUUUCAGAAUCGCCUGCCCGUCGUCGUCGUCGCCGAAAUGGCCGAGAACGAAGCGACAAGUGCUCCGAAUGCGCAACGAAAAUUACUGA